AUGAAGCCUUUCCUCAUAUUUAUUCUAAUCCUCUACAUAUUAUUUAUUGUGGCUCUUGAAACCAACGAUAAAGCUAAACCAAAGAAGUCAAAAAAGAAUAAAAGCAUAAGUGAAAUGAAAACACCCAUAACUGUCAGUGGAAGAGCUUGGGCUAGAAAGAAUUGCAUGUUUGGUGAAAUUUUGAGUAAAGGAGGAAUAGAAGCUAAAAAUUUAAAAACGAAAAAAUUGGAAGCCUAGGUUUUGAAAACUAAAUUGUUAAAAGUGGGAACUCUAAAAUCAAAGAAAGAAGGUAGACCAUUGGUUAUAAAUGGUUCGAUAUCUGUUUAUAAGAUGAAAACAUAAGAGAAAAAACAGAAAGUCUUAUUAUAAGAAAUUUAGUGGGAGUUGUUGCAUCAUCUAGAUUUCAAUGAUUAAUCAAGUAGUAAAUGUGAAAAUUUGAGAGAUGGUCAUUACUUUGGAGGCUAUUGCGAAAACACAAAUCAAACUUUAAGCAAAAAGUUUAACAGCUUACCUUAACAUACUCAAGUAAAAGUUGAAUUAGCAUUACACGUAUUUGAUUAGUGGGAAUCAGAAUAAAUCAUCAUGAAAGCAGAUGAAUAAAUUAUUUGGAAGAAUAAAUUUGAAAAUACUGCUCAUCAUAACAAUUUCUGUGGAAGUUCUAGAUUUGGAGAUCAAAUCAACAUUCCUAUUAUGAAGAUAUUUGAUCACACUCACAAUGAACUGAAUUUGUAAUUAUAAGGCUUAACAUCAAAAAGCACUUGUGAAGCCAGUUUUGGAAUUGAUAAUCUAGUUAUUUAUUAUAGAUGA